CUCCUUUUGACUAUUUAUUUUGCUUUCACUCCUUCUAACUCUCAUUGACCUGUGCAGAGGUCAUGUCCUGAGUAUCUCUACAUGUGUAAUUGAGCAUUUGUUGGCGUGGUGAUCCUCUAAAACAACGGGACCCAAACUCCACUCUCCGUCACAGCUCGAGGGGACCGAAACCCAACUGCGGCCAAACUGUCCACGACGUCCUUGUAACAUUAAUAUCAACUGUUAAGCAGAGUCCAUCGUGCUGUCCCGACUCUUCUUACGAGGCCUGACUUGGGCAAACCCUAUUCGAUCCAUAUCAUUGUCACAAACAACGAUCGCAGACUCUGGGUUUAAGAUACAUCGUCAGAGGUUUUCAGGGUCGGUUAGCAAAAUGUCCCCGAGUCAGAAAAGCCAUUUCAAGUUACUACAGAAAUUCAAACCGGACUACUCGCCAAGCGAAUUUGUCCAGUAUGAAUCUGAGAGAACUGGUAUGCGGGUCGUGGUCAUCGACCAAAAAGGCCCUAAAGUAACAGGAUACUUUGUCCUUGCCACGGAAAUCCAUGAUGAUUCCGGAGCCCCGCAUACGUUGGAGCACUUAUGCUUCAUGGGCUCUCGUAAUUACAGAUACAAGGGAUUUCUUGAUAAGCUCGCUACGCGGGUUUAUUCUAGUACCAAUGCCUGGACAGCUACAGACCAUACGGCGUACACGCUUGACACAGCAGGUUGGGAAGGAUUUGCACAGAUUCUGCCUGUAUACCUCGAGCAUGUAAUAGCUCCAACCUUGACAGACGAAGGCUGCUACACAGAAGUACAUCACGUCGAUGGAACUGGAAACGAUGCAGGCGUUGUGUACUCUGAGAUGCAGGGUGUGCAGAAUAACUCCGCAGAACUUAUAGACUUGAGUGCUCGUCGUUUGACUUACCCACAUGGUGUGGGCUUCCGUUAUGAGACUGGUGGUAUGAUGGAGCAGCUCCGCGUUCUCACGGCAGAGAGAAUUAGAGAAUUUCACCGAGAGAUGUAUCAACCGAAAAACCUGUGCUUGAUCAUCACGGGUGAGGUCGACCAUGCCAAUAUGCUUGAGACACUGGACAAAUUUGAAGAUACCAUUCUAGAUGUUAUCCCAAGUCCAGAUGCUCCGUUCAAGCGACCAUGGGUGGACUCCAAACAGGCCCCGCCAUUGGAAAAGUCUAUUGUGGAGAAGGUAGAAUUUCCCGAAGAAGAUGAGUCUUUUGGAGAGAUCGAGAUCAGAUUCCUGGGACCGGAUUCUACAGAUCCUGUUCAAACUGGGGCCCUCAAUGUUACACUUUUGUACCUUGCCGGAUCAUCCGCUUCACUCCUAGACAACAUACUUGUCGAAAAGGAACAACUGGCAAGUGCCGUCUACUAUGCCACUGAAGACCACCCCUCUUUUGAGAUUCGGUUCACUCUGACCAGUGUGGAAACCGAUAAGCUAGCCCAAGUGGAACAGCGCUUCUUUGAAGUGCUGAAGGAUGCAAUGGAGAAAGAGCUAGACAUGAACUAUCUCAAAGAAUGUAUUGACCGACAAAGGCGGACCUGGAAAUUCUCUACUGAAAGCUCCGCUUCCUCCCUCGCCGAGUACGUUAUCUCGGAUUUCCUGUUUGGAAAGAGGGAUGGUUCGACUCUCCUGGAUGUUGCGACUUUGAAAGAGUACGACGUACUGGAGAAGUGGAGUGAGAAUGAAUGGCGAAGUUUCAUUAAGAGAUGGAUUUCGGAUGCUCCCCAUGUCACUAUUUUGGGCGUGCCAUCUAUGAAGAUGUCUGAGACGCUAAAGAAGGAGGAAGAAGCCAGAGUGGCAGCACAGAAAAAGCGUCUUGGUGAAGCAGGCCUGAAGCAGCUGGCUGAGAAGCUCAAAAAAGCAAAAGCCGAGAACGACAAGGAGAUUCCCAAGGAGAUGCUGGAGAAAUUCAGCAUCCCUGGGGUUGAAUCAAUCCAUUUUGUGGAAACUACCACGGCCAGAUCUGGUGCUGCUUUGAAGGCGGGACGCCCUGACCACACUGCCCAGAAGCUCGUAGACGCCGAUGGCUCCGAAAUGCCUCUGUUUAUCCACUUUGAGCAUAUUCCUAGCAAUUUCGUCCAGCUUUCCCUUCUUAUCUCAGCUCAGUCUGUUCCGGUUCAACUUCGUCCCCUUCUUUCUAUCUACACUGAAGCUUUCUUCAACCUCCCAGUUCAGCGUGAUGGAAAAACCAUCAACUUCGAACAGGUUGUUGUUGAACUGGAGAGGGACACAGUUGGAUAUGCGAUGGAAAAUGCCAGAAGUCUCGGCAACUCAGAAAUGCUGCGUAUCUCCUUCCAAGUCGAGCUGGAGAAGUAUAGCACGGCGAUUGCAUGGCUUCAGGAGCUGUCCUGGAACUCAAUCUUCGACGUGGAGCGACUGCGAGCAAUUACUAGUCGUCUUCUCUCCGACGUGCCGGAUUCCAAGCGUAGUGGCGAUGACAUGCUCGCAGCAGUGCAUGUCAUGGUCCACUACGCAGCUGAGUCCAUAGUCCGCGCCCGAAGCACCCUAGUGAAGGCACGCUAUCUCAAGAGGAUCAAGAAACAGUUGGCUGAGGAACCAGAAGUCGUGGUCUCCCGCAUGGAAGAAAUCCGAAAGGCACUGUUCCAGUUCGAAAACAUGCGAGUGUUGGUCAUUGCUGAUCUUGAGAAACUCAAGAGUCCUGUCUCUUCCUGGAAGCCAUUUGUCGAGCGACUUGGCGCGAUUUCUACCCUCCAGCCCAUCACAGCAAGAAGAGCUUUGCUGAGCGAGGCCGGUCAGAAAUUGGGUGGAGAGUCCUAUGUGGUUCCUAUGCCCACUAUUGACUCGUCGUUCGCGUACGCAACCGCUCGGGGCCUUGAUUCGUACAACGACCCCAGACUUCCUGCGUUGUUGGUUGCAAUUGCCUACAUGAAUGCAGUUGAGGGUCCUCUUUGGGUUGCAGUUCGUGGCACUGGACUGGCAUAUGGCACCAACUUUGCUUACAACAUCGACACUGGCUUUGUCAAUUUCGACGUGUAUCGGUCCCCUAACGCUCACAAGGCCUUUGAGUCAAGCAAGCAGAUUGUCAAGGACCAUCUGUCCGGUGCUAUUCCGUUCGACCCUCUGAUGCUGGAGGGAUCGAUCAGCAGCAUUGUGGUCAGCUAUGCCAACGAGCAGGCGACCAUUGCCGGUGCAGCCCAAGGCAGCUUUACCCGCCAGGUCGUGCGCAACUUGCCCAGCGACUACAAGGAGAAGAUGCUUCGGCAGGUUCGGAACAUUAGCGUUGACGAUAUUAAGGGCGCGCUCCGGGACAUCAUUCUUCCCCUGUUUGAUCCCAAGACGGCUAACAUCGUUAUUACCUGCGCUACCGUGCUUGAAGAGACUAUCAAGGAGGGUCUCCAGUCGUCCGGUUUCACUCCCGAGGUGCAGCCGCUCAAGGACUUUGAGGACGACUACGGCCUGAAGGUUGGUGAUGACGAGGACGAGGAGUCCGACGACGAAGACGAUGAUGACGAAUAUGAAACUGGAUCGGAAGAUGAUGAAGAUGACGAAGAUGACGACGAGUGAUGUUUUUCAAUAACGAACCGGAUAUUUUACGAUGAUUGGAAUGGUAUACAUCAAGAUUUGGCAUGAAACAACCGACCAGUAGAC